AUGAACCGGGGUAAUCGGUCUAGCAUGAUGGAGAACACGGGUUCCCGUGACGGGAACAUAGUACCCUCACUUGGGAACAAGUUCGGGAACUUCGUCUUGCCCCUGCCUACCACAUCCGAGUUGCCAUUCCGACGACUGCGAGAAAACAUCAACGCGUUAACCGAGCGUAUUGAAGUAGCACGGAGGGAAGCGUGGCGUGGAUUGUCAGCUCGUGGAAGUGUUGCAGCAGCGCGGACGGGCAGGAUCGGACAUUUUGAGGGAUGGAGAGAUGAAUUUGUUGCGGUGGAUCGUAUGUUUUGGAGUCUGUGCACGAAGUCACGGCUGUCGAUUGCUGCGGGGAGCGUGGUACAGAUCUAUGGAGGGGUAUUUGGUUUAAUUGUUUGACGUGGAGUUGCUGGGACUCAAGAAAGAUUUUUGACAGGGCUAUCAGAGGUGUUCAGAAGGGACGACAAAGACCAGCAUGUCAACAGAGGGAGGACUGCAUGUUCUUGAUGGAUCUCAGAUCAGAAAUGCAUUACCCGAUCUUCAAUCGAGGAACAGUUUUUCUAAGAAUGAUGAAGGGUCGAAAGGGUAUCUGACACCAUCUGAGAUGCGGCAGGCUGCGGAAGCAGAAGCAGCCGCUCUUCUCUUAGGUGUCCAACUUUCCUCAAAGAUUUUUGAAAAUGCUGCAUCAAAACUUCCAACUGAAGAUUCUGCAGAGAUCACGGAGGACGUGUUUUCCAGUACUCUGCAGAGUUAUCUAACAGCAAUUGCUGAUGCUUUAGAAGAUGAGCCGGUAGUAGUGUCAGUACUAGACGGCUCAGCAAUUAAGGCUUUGCUAGAAGAUGAAGAUGAUUUUGCGAUGGUUGCCGAGGAUCUGUUUGAGAAGUUAGACACUGAUGAGAGUGGCAAGCUGAGCAGCAAAGAGCUUCGACCUGCCAUUAUGCAGCUGGGCGUUGAGCAGGGUGUCCCUCCUGCCGCAGCUACUACUGAAGCGGAGGAAUUGGUUACCAAGUUGAUCAACAAGUACGGCCAGGGAACCGAGGAGCUUGGACAAGCUCAAUUUGCUGCAUUAUUGCAAGAUGUCCUUCAGGAUAUGGCCGAGUCUCUUGCAGAGAAACCUAUCACAAUUGUACGAGAUGUGAAAAUGCUCAACGGCUCUCAUUUGCGAAAGAUGCUGGCUGAUGAGAAGGCAUUCAAGGAAAUGGCAGAUAACAUGUUUAAUGACCUAGAUGUCAACAAAGAUCAACGCUUGAGCAAGGCUGAAAUCAGACCAUUAUUUGAACAACAAACUGCAGCGUGGGGUCUACCUCCCGUUGGUGAUUCGGACACAGAAGAACUAUUUGACGAGGUUUUCAAGGCCGUUGACUCAGACAAAAGUGGGGAAGUUGAAAAGCCUGAGUUUGCAGUUCUUGUCAAGACUCUCCUUGCGGAUUUUGCGGAAACGUUGCGGCUCAACCCAAUACUAGUGGAGAUAGAAACUGCCUCUCGUUGAAGCAUCGAGUCAUAGUUCUGGGGGAGCGAUGUUUUCUAAAGUCGUAGUCCAUUUUUGGAUAAGAUGACUUUGCACCCAGAGUUCUUGUGAAACGUGACACCAGGUAUGAUGAAGGCUUGAUGAUAUUUUAGAGUGACAAUUUUAUGUGGCUAGAGGCUCAUGAGGUCGUGAGAUCGAAGUGGAAAUGAUUUGUGAAAGCUACUUCGACCUGGGUAGCUUUUCUAAGCUAGGAUAGUUAUAUGAAAAAGAUAAUUAAACUUCAAGCGGAUCAAUAUAGCUCACAGAAUCCAUUCUUCGUUUCUGUUUCCUGAGAA